AUGGAGAAAGUCAUUUCAGGCAGUUGUACACACGAUCUCAUGUUUUAAUUGGGGGCAUUAUGUAGGGUGAUUUUUUAUCACCUAAAGAUGAUGGGACACAAAAUGAUAAUAUGUAGUUCUCAGCCAAGGAACCAUAACAUAUACUUAUUUGAAAAUUUCAAGUACCACUAAUCCCACAAAUCUUGUUUUUCAAGGUAUAUUUAAUAAGUUCUAUGUAUAAAUUUGAUAUAGUAUCAUAUUUUGAAUAUUUAUUAGGAUAAUUAGUCAUUAAAUAUAAUUCCUUGGAUCUUACCAUAUUCUAACCACUUUGUCCUAUGUUGAUAUAAUUUGUUGCUUUGUGACGAUUUAUUAGGACUAAAAUAAAAUUCACUGGGCUAAACUAAAACCCAUCUUUGUUGUUGCCGAUGAUUAAGAGGGUCUUCAAUUGAAACUAGUCUUGAAGAAAAAACUAUUAUUACCAAAAUAAUAUUUUCUAUCUAUUUAUUAUCAUUGAAAUAUGCAUAUGAUUUUUUUUCACUUAUUAAGAUAGAUAAAAUGUCAUAUUAACUUACGCCUUCAACACGCUGCAUAAGUUGUCAAUAGGAAAACUUUGAAGCCUUUUUACGAUUUAAAAGGCAUCAAAGUAUUUUUUGUGGGGUUAAAAUAUCAUUAUAAUAUGUUACAGUCUAAUGUUAUAACUAUUUGUUGAGAUUCAGUAACCCUAUAAUUCAAGAGGAGAAUGAAUUAGACUUUUCUUAUUGUUGCUACUAAGUUGUGGGAUACAGUCAAGCUUGAUUUACACACGAGUUUAUAUAAGUUUGGUCAAUCAUGCUUACUCCACAAUUUGGAGACAAAGUCCAUGGGUUUCACUUAGUGAUGAGUGAAACAUGCUAAAUCUUGAUUUCAUCAAUCCUCUACUUAAUAUGAAAGACUUAGUGUGGAUAUGCGUUGGACUAAAUACUCAUGCCUCAAUAAUUCUGUGUAGUUUAUGGAAUGAUAAAGACGCACAAAACGGCGAAAUAAUUCCCCAAGUCCAAACUGAAAAGUGGAGAAAAAUAAUUUUUCUUCAGAAAAAGCAUCAACCACGAAAUGAAUUCUCAGAAGUAGUUUAAAAUUAGGGGUAAGCCAUAACCAGAUGCUGCAAUGAGCGCUUCGGGAGGUAGGAACUAUUCCAUCAUGAUGUUUACCGUGUCUUCUCCUCCUCAUCCUCCUCUAGCAUCAACCACGAAAUGAAUUCUCAGAAGUGGAUAUGCACCAGGCCAUUCAGGGUCGCAAGAGAAGCCGAACAGGAGGGCUGGCGGCCUGGCCCUCUGGCGAGGUCACCGCCUUUGGAUCCACGACUUCUUGCGGCAGCUUAGUCUUCCCUCUCUAGGGUCCUUUGUACGUUGAUAGUAGGGCGUUCUCUUUGUAUCAUGGACAAAGGGAGUGCCAGCCUCGGGCGGCGGGGAAUGCUUCGACGCCCUUCUGGAUCAUCUCCUCUAGGCCACGACGGACUCAAAGUGGCCAGUUGUAACCUCACCUCUUGGCCGGCCUCCACCAUAUCCAUAGUUACUUCCAUCCUUAAUCGGCAUCUCGUUUGUCCCCAAGACGUCACUCUUCACCCGCUGGGGAAGAAUUCCUGGAUGGAGUAGCCGCCGCGGUUUGGCUUGCUCCAUCGUGUGGAUUAUCUGAGAACGCGAGCCAGCCGUGACUUGAGGACGCGGGAUGCUUGCAAUCAGAACCCUAACAAAGAUCUGCUUAAUUAUAGUGCAGGAAACUCUAUAAAUGACAACCCAACGGAUACGUCUCCGUUGGGUCAUCGGCGGUGCCCUUUACAGAAGAAACACGUCGAGCUCUAUCCAGUCCUUCCAGUCAACGCACGGGUUGGCCAACUGAAGGCCUGGGCGACGGUCCACAGGAAGGCUACGGGUGUUGAGGAUGGGGGAGUUGCACUCGCACUCGUCCUCCGACGAAGAUUUCAUUCUGCUUUCCCUUGAGACCACCGCAACCUCUGGAAAGUGUCUGCGGGCUGGUGGACCGGCAAGUUGACGACUAUAUCUAAUGGAAAGAGGUCCUUCGUGUCUACGCGGAAGGCGAAGGGUAAUACGUCAGAUUAGUAGAUCUAGAACAUCCUCUGUUCCUCUCGCAUCUCUCAUCACUCGUAGCACUGAUCAUCAGCCGCCCUACGGAUUCGCUGUAUUUCAGAUGAAUAUAGCGUCGACUCAAAACGAACGAUUCAAGAUAAGAAAAUAAUCCAAUGUGGCAGACGACGACUUAGACCGUAGAGAAUGUGAAGUACGCUGCGCAGAACACUACCCCGGCGAGGAACAGCGAGGAUCGGAUAACCGUCACCGGCAUCCUCCCCUUGUCCGCCCUCAGCACCGAGGCUUCGUAGAUUGGCCAGCAGUUGACCACCACGAAGCCUGAGAGGAGCACCUGUAAGAACAUGUCUUGGAGGCUGCCUCCGCUCAGGCUCCGACCGAGACCCACCGCCAAGGAGACGAGGUUUAUCACCGCGAUCGUCCCCAGCGACACGAAGAAGGGUGAUUCAGCCCCAAAGUCAAAGAAGCCUCCGUCGUAUCUCUUUACCUGCUCGUCGUCCAUCAACUUGCUGGUCACGUUGAACCCAGAGCCAGAGAAGCCCAUCUUCUGCAGAGAGAACUGGAAGACGCCGAAGAGGUUGGACGUGACCGCCCGGAUCAUCCACAUCCUCUGGUCGUUCCACCAGCUUCGAACAGUCCCUCGUGCUCCCAGGAAGUCGAUGAGGUCCUGGGCGUAGGCAGUCAAGAAGAGGUAGGCGUACAAGUAGAACCAUGCGUCCGACGCCUGUUGUCGAUUUCCAAGUUAGGAUCAACCACAAGAGGGAAUGAACAAGGUAUAGGGGACGGCGGCAGGACCUUCGGGAAAAGGGGAACUUGAUAGACCAGCGCUACUUGCGGUAGGGCGGCGUAGAUCGACACGGGAAUGCACCAGAUCGGCCAGAACGCGUAGCGUGCGUAGCACAUAGCCAUCGGCAGGGGAGCCCACCGGCAGCCAAAGAUGACGGGGGAGUACCUCGAGAAGCCCACCUGCAAAAGCCCCAAUGACCAUCUCUUGUUCUGGAUGAGCACGUCGUUGAGUGUGAUCGGCACGUCGCCGAGGAACGCCGGCGGCUCCGGGUCGCAGAAGACCGACUCCCACCCCCUGCAUAGCAUGUGGUAA